CGUUUCUUGUUGGAAAGGUCAGGUCCCUCUAUUUAUAUGAAAACCAAAAACUAAUCCGUUCUCCAUCUAUAAAGAAUAACAAUAAUAAAAAAAAAACCCCUGCUACUUCAUCUUUAGUCUUGGCCUGGCUUCAGUGCCUCUUUAGGUUGAAGACUUGAAUCGAUCGGUUCUUUAAUUAAUGGCUCCGGCAGCAGUUGACGAUGAUGAGAUAUUGAAGGACGAGAAGAAUCCUCCUCCUCUCGACGAAGACGACAUUGCUCUCCUCAAAACUUAUGGCUUGGGUCCAUACUCGAACAGUAUUAAGAAAGAAGAGAAGGAAAUUAAGGAUUUAGCCAAGAAGAUUAAUGAUCUUCGAGGCAUUAAAGAAUCUGACACUGGUUUGGCUGCACCAAGCCAGUGGGACCUUGUGUCUGAUAAGCAGAUGAUGCAAGAAGACCAACCACUACAGGUUGCAAGGUGCACAAAGAUUAUUAAUCCUAAUACCGAGGAUGCAAAGUAUGUUAUAAAUGUGAAGCAAAUUGCCAAGUUUGUGGUUGGGCUUGGUGACAAAGUCUCCCCUACAGAUAUAGAAGAAGGCAUGCGAGUGGGUGUUGAUCGCAACAAGUAUCAGAUUCAGAUUCCGUUGCCUCCUAAGAUUGAUCCAAGUGUUACGAUGAUGACUGUGGAAGAAAAGCCUGAUGUUACGUAUAAUGAUGUUGGUGGAUGUAAGGAGCAGAUAGAAAAGAUGAGAGAAGUUGUUGAGCUUCCCAUGCUUCACCCAGAGAAAUUUGUAAAGCUUGGAAUUGAUCCUCCUAAGGGUGUUUUGUGCUACGGUCCUCCUGGAACAGGCAAAACUCUCUUGGCUAGAGCAGUGGCCAACAGAACUGAUGCAUGUUUCAUUCGUGUUAUUGGGAGUGAACUUGUCCAGAAAUAUGUUGGUGAGGGGGCACGAAUGGUUCGGGAGCUUUUUCAGAUGGCACGGUCUAAAAAAGCUUGCAUCGUCUUUUUUGAUGAAGUUGAUGCUAUAGGUGGUGCCCGUUUUGAUGAUGGUGUCGGUGGAGAUAAUGAGGUUCAGCGUACCAUGCUUGAAAUUGUCAAUCAGCUUGAUGGUUUUGAUGCUCGAGGAAACAUCAAAGUGUUGAUGGCGACAAACAGACCUGAUACGCUGGACCCAGCUCUGUUACGUCCAGGAAGAUUAGACCGUAAGGUUGAGUUUGGGCUGCCUGAUUUGGAGAGCAGGACUCAGAUUUUCAAGAUCCACACACGAACUAUGAACUGUGAAAGGGAUAUUCGUUUUGAGCUGCUUGCACGCCUUUGUCCAAAUUCAACUGGAGCUGACAUUAGGAGUGUCUGCACUGAGGCUGGGCUGUAUGCCAUUAGAGCACGCAGGAAGACAGUGACGGAGAAAGAUUUCCUUGAUGCAGUAAACAAGGUCAUCAAGGGCUAUCAGAAGUUUAGCGCAACGCCCAAGUACAUGGUCUACAAUUGAGGGGAAUGCUGUGUUUUGGAACGGUGCUGAUUUAAUUUCAAUUUAUAUUGGUCUUACCAUUUUCACCCUGUCUUUCGCUUUUCUUGAGUUUAGCUCCUCCAUUGGGGGAAAAAGAAACACUAUAUCAUUUGUCUGGUACCCUUUUAAGUUCAAGAGCUGGGUGUUCCAAAUUUGGUGAAAUUGGGCUUUGUCGCUUCGAUGUUUAAUUGAGAAUCAAAAGACUCUUUUAUCUCUAA